CCAAAAAAAGAUGGCGACAGGUGGUAGAGUGCUGGGUGAUUUCAAGUUCAAAUUUUUUAGCUCUCUCAAUCAGGGACGCGGCCUCAGAACUGGUGAUGUUUUUGAGUUAUCUGGCGAUCAUGGAACUGGGAAAUCCGAAAUAUUUCUUAACAUGGUGGCUGAGGCUCUAAUCCCAAAAUACUAUCAAGACUACAUAUUGGGUGGUAAGGAAAUAGGAGUCGUAUUUAUCAGUACUAACUACAAGUUUGAUUUAUUACGGUUGGUGGAAAUACUCGAACACAAACUUUUUGUAAGACUCUCCAGCGAAGGAGAGGAACUCAAAGUGAACGAUGAUGAGAGUAUCAUCACUUUAAGAGACGCCGAAGUACCCAUCACUUCAAAGUCUCCGCCCAUAUCAUUCAAAGAACCUUCCAUCAACAGGGAACUCAUCAAAAACUGUCUUAAGAAACUUUAUGUGCUCAACUGUGACUCCAUUCACAGUCUGACUCUGACUGUCAUUUUCUUGAAACAAUUCCUGCUAGGUUCGCCUCACAUUGAGCUGAUACUGAUCGACCAUGCUCUAACAACUGAACAUGUUAGAGAUGAAGUCUCACCCAUUGACCCGAUGAAGUGGUUGGAGCUACUUGUAGACUAUAGCAGACAGUAUGCUAUAGGUAUUAUCACUGAGCCAGAGACUCCAAUUAGUAAUAGUGAAAUAAAUAAAUAUACUUAUCAUAUUCGUAAGACAAGGUCUGCUCCCAAUGGUUCCGUGUUUACUCUAAGCAGUGUUAACUUUAAUCAGUCAUGGGACUUUACUGUUAAUAAUGAUGGGAUAGCCUUUGGAUCCAAUUGAAAGACACGUCACUCAAGAGCCACAUGUAUGUGUUAAUGUGUACAGUGUAGUACUAACAAUAAUUAUCACAAAUUUAAAGAUUAUUAUUUUAUCAUUAUUUAAUCAUUAUCUAUUGAUCAUGGAAUAAAAUUGAA